AUGGAGGAUUGCAACACUCUUGUUUCAGAUUGCGUCGUAAUUUCAUGUUGUUGUGAAUGCUUAAUCCUUCAGCUCGUAAUCUUCAUGUUUAUACAACUUCCUUGUAGAGUAGCCAAGAAGACAAAGGAAUUCGCGAAAAGGAAGCUUAAUCGAAAGAAGAAACAAAAGAAUGGCGAAAUCAGAGUAGCGAAACAGUUUCAAGGAAUUGAUUAUGGUGAAGAUUUCAUGAAAUUGAUUGAAUUACAUGAUUGGAGUAGUUGUAAUCAAGAAAUUGAUAGGGUUUUAGAAGAAUUUUCUUUGAGAGGAGAAUUUGGGUUUGGGAGUUUUUGGGGAAAAAAUUCAAAUGUUGAAAAUAUGAAAUUUAAUUAUAAAUGUAAAUGUAAUAAGGGUUUGAUUAAGGAUGAUGAUUAUGAUUUUGAAGAAUUUGGGAGUCACGUUGUAAAGUUUCAUUUAAUUGAAGUUAUAAGACCUUUUUAA